GACGCAGCAAGUGGGACCAGCCAGGUCCUGCCAUUAAUGGGUCAUUGCCUGGGGUAAUGCCAGCACAGGUGUCCUUGCCAACAAACACCUUUGCAACAGGUUCAGUGCCUGUCUCUCUGCCUCUAGGCACUGGUGCUCCAUCACCAGGAAUGGCAAUGAGUGUUGGUUCGGUCGCCCCGGCUUCUGGAGCAUUAGAUGCAGCAGCAGCUGUUGCUGCCAAGAUCAAUGCCAUGCUGAUAGCAAAAGGAAAGUUGAAACCCAGUCAGAUUGCUCCUGAACAGGCCCCCCUUCCUGCAAAGAGUGUGGCAGCAGCUCAAGCGAAAAACAAGGAUGACCUGGUGGUGGCUGAAGUCGAAAUCAACGAUGUUCCCAUCAACUGUCGAAAUCUGCUCACCCGAGGGCAGACUCAGGAUGAGGUCAGCCGGCUGACUGGAGCAGCUGUGUCUACACGAGGGAGAUUCAUGGCACCAGAGGAGAAAGUACAAGCCACACCAGGAGACCGUGCACUGUACCUACACAUCCAAGGACAGACACGUGAUGUUGUUGACAAGGCUGUGAACCGCAUUAAGGAGAUCAUCGCAGGUGGAGUUAUAAAGGCUGUCAGCGCUUCCAGCUUGCAGUUCAAUGGUCCAAUGGUUACUGUCUAUCACCAGCCAGCCCCUGUUACUCAUCCUACAACCACCACAGCGAAAUCACAAGCUGGAAUGCAUUAUGUUCAAGAUAAAGUUUUUGUGGGUCUGGAGCAGAUUGAUCCAGCCUUUAACAUUAAAGAGAAAGUGGAGGGUCCAGGUGGAUCCUACCUGCAGCACAUUCAGGCUGAGACUGGUGCCAAGGUUUUCCUUCGUGGGAAGGGUUCAGGCUGCCUGGAGCCUGCAUCUGGGAGAGAGGCCUUUGAACCAAUGUACAUCUAUAUAAGUCAUCCCAAACCAGAGGGUCUUUCAGCUGCAAGGAAACUUUGUGAGAGCUUGCUGCAGACUGUCCACAGUGAACAUUCUAGGUUCUUGAGUCAAAUGAAUUCUUCAAUCAUGCCACCUCAAGGUUACCAGCAACUGCCUGGAGCUGUUCCCCAGCAGCAUUAUUACCCAGGACAGGGUUACCAGGCCAGGUAUCCAAUGGGCCCUGUUCCAUUGCAGUCCUCUCAGGGUUCGUACCCCAGGCCGUGUGGUCCUGAAUCAACACAGUUCCCAGUCUCGGGAGCAGCACAGCCUCUGGCCAUGCCUGGACAGCAAAACCCUGUGGUUGGCAGCUUUGCCACACCAUUACCUGUGAAUACGCCUGCUUAUGAUGGGAUGAUGGGUGCACCGAGACCCUCUGCUCACCUCCCUCCACCUCAGGGACACAAGAGACGUUUCACUGAAGAGAGUGAGGAGGAAUCGGCUCUGCUAGGGUACCAGCAUGGACCCAUUCAUAUGACUAAUUUAGGUACAGGGUCCUCUCAGACCGGACGAAGUGGAGCGGGUGUGACCUUCGCUGAUCCCUGCGGUAGAGCAAAGGAGAGGGACAGGCAGCUGAUGCCCCCACCACCACGACUUCUCAACGAAGGAUUCGUGCAGCCUGAAGAUCAGUGUGGGAUGUACAGACCUUCAGCAUCUCUGGGUGAGUGAGCUGCUUAGUCGGUAGCACAAAAUUGAUGCAAGGUCAUGAUGGGUGUGGAAAGCUGGAAUUUCUGAGGAGCUCACUCUUCAGCCCAUAUCUUGAGAGGCCGCUGUUUCCUUGCAAUGACUGGACGAUUUGGAAGGUCCUUUCCACCAAACCUGGUCUUGCUAUCGGAGCCUUUGUUCCAUUUUUCCAGCAUAGGAAGAGUUUGUUCUUUGAAAUACAGACUUUGACUUCCUGAAGGGACAUCAUAGGAGAAUGUACUGACUGCUGAGUCUGUCUUUCCAGAAUCACACUGACCAGCUUUAUGGUCACAGACUGAGACUGACUGAAUAUAUUCAGAAUGUGUUUAACCCAUAAUUCGCAGAGAUCUUGCUGACCUGUUUCCCAACCUCCCACCAAAAGGGUGGCUCAAAUUUCAAUCUGAUCUUUACCCUUGACUCUCCAACCACCUGCAGAUGGUUUCAGUCUAUCAGUUAGGAGAUAGCAAGAACUACAGAUUCUGGAGCCACAGUCAAUACAGUGUGGAGCUGGAGGAACACAGCUGGUCAGGCAGCAUCCGAGGAACAGGGAAGUCGACAAGAUGAAGGGUGUAAACCCAGAAUGUCGACUUUCCUGCUCCGCUGGCCCUUCAAUGUAUCGGCUCCCGUUCAAAUUCUGAAAACUUUGAUCAAAUCACCCUUAAACCACCAAAAUUUCAGGACAUGUAGUUUUGGUUUGUAUACUCUUUUCCAGAAGAUCAUGUUUCUUUGAGGCUAGGAUUCAUUCUGGCGAAUCCUCCAGUACCGAUGUAACCUUCCAAAGGCAUGGAGUACAGUGACUAAGGGCUUUGUGUCAUUGAAGGAUGUGGUGUGCCUUUGUAUUCCAGGACUUUCUACAUGAAAGCCAGCAGCACUGGAUUAUUGCUUGUACCUGUUCUCAACAAUUUAUGGAUCUGUGUCCUUGGGCAUUGUUCAAUCCCUCUAAGCUUCCACUAUUUCAAACAAAUUACGCUUGAAUUGUUUUUCAUUCAAAUUUAAUUGAAAUUCAUUGCGACAAUUUUGGCAGUUCAUUUGACCCGCUGUUUUCACUUUGUCAUCUUAUUUAACACUGCUCACAGUGCAGCCUCUCAUUGUGUCAGCUGCAUAUCUGGACAUGAGGUUUCCUAUCCCUCUAAUUCUUUAACGAACAGAGUGAGUUGCUGAGACGCCCAACACCAUCUUCACAGACAUCACUAGGCCCAUCUGUCAGUUUGAGAAUCUGCCCAAUCCCGAACUCUGUUCCCUGUAACUCAACUAAUUUCCAAAACAUGUUGAUAAUGUUCCUUCAGGUCUCUCUGAGCAGCUCUGUGCUGGCUCACUUUCAACAGUGGCUAUAUUCAACAGUGUGGAAAAUUCCUCAGGUAAAUUCCCCAGGUACGUCCUGUACAUAAAAUCCAACUCAGCCAAUCAGUAUCCAUCAAUUUACUCUCAAGCAAAAGUAAAGUGAUGGAAGGGAUUGUCAACAUUGCAAUCAAGCAGCACUUGCUCAGUAAUAACCCUGCUCACUGGCGCUCAGUUUGGGUUCCAUCAGGGCCUCUCAGCUCCAGACCUCAUUACAGCCUCGGUUCAAACAUGGACAAAAGAGCUGAAUUCCGGAGGUGAGGUGUGAGUGACAGCCCUUGACAUCAAGGCUGCAUUCGAACAAGUGUGGCAUCAAGGAGCCCUGGCAAAACUGGAAUCCACGUGUAUUGGCUGACUCUCCAUUGGUGGAGUCAUAUCUGCCAGAUAGGAAGAUGGUUGUGGUUGUUGGAUGUCACUCAUCUCAGCUUCAGGGCAUCUCUGCAGGAGUUCCUCAGCCUCAACUAUCUUGAGCUAUUUCAUCAAUGACAUUCCCUCCAUCAUUAGGUCAGAAAUGGGGAUGUUCGCCAAUGAUUGUGCAGUGUUCAGUGCUGUUUGCUACUGCUCAGAUACUGAAGCAGUCCAUGUUCAAAUACAGCAAGACCUGCACAAUAUUAAGCUUGGGUUUGUAAGUGACAAGUAACAUUUAUACCACACCAGAGCCCGGUAUUAACCGUCUUCAACAAGAGAGAAUCUUCACUUGAUAUUUAAUCUGAUUGCUAUUGUUAAUCCUUCACUACUGUCAGAGAGAUUGCCUUUCACCAGGAACUGAGCAAGACCAGUCAUAUCAAUGCUGUGGUUACAAGAGUAGGUCAGAGGCUGGGAAUUCUGUGGCAAAUAAUUGCCUUUUGAUUCUCCAACAUUUGUCCAUAAAGCACAGGUUAGGAGUGUGAUGGGAUGCCCCCCACUUGCCUGGAUGGCUGCUGCUCCAAUUGCUCUUGAGAAACUUGAAAUGAUCCAGAACAGAGAAGCCAACUUGAUUGGCAGCAUACCCACUUAUUCCACCACCUAUGCUCAGUAGCAGCAGUGUGUACCAUCUAUAAGAUGCCCUGCAGAAAUUCGCCAAGGCUCCUUCCCAACCUGUGACCUCUACAGCCUAGAAGUUCGGGGACACAGGAUCACCAUCUGCAAGUUUCCCACCCCACCUAGACUUGGUUUUCUGAAACACGGUCAAAAUUCUUGAAUUCCUUUCCCCUCAGCACUGUGUGUGUGUGUCCCCCUAUACCACAAGGAUUGCAGCAGUUCAAGAAGGCAGCUCACCACCACUUUCUCCAGGAUGCAAUGCGCAUUAGAUGCUAGCCCAGCCAGUGUGAUGCCACACCACGUCCCCAAAAGAAUUUAAAUUCUAAACAAAGGAGUGAGGGUUCCUGCUCCCAGUCCCUGUCCGUGGCGAAAUCAGCCAGGGAACCUGCUACUGUUCACUGCCCGGUAGUGAUUUAGAGAGGAAGAAGUAGAGAGGGAAUUGUGUUGAGGAACCUGAUUUAGAGGAAAGGGGAAAUGUAGAGGAAUAUGAAGCACAGAGGGGAUGGUGGUGCAGAGAUAACUAAUUUAGAGAGGGCAGGUAUGGAGGUACCUCAUUUAGAGAUGGGGCAGGUAUAGAUAUAUGCAGUUUAGAAGUGGGGGGGGGCAGGUAUAAAUGU